AUGGGUAACUCAAAUGGGAGCACCGUGGACGACCUGCAAGCGGUGGAGAUGCACCUCUGGUAUAAGAAGUUUAUGACUGAGUGCCCCUCUGGGCAGCUCACCCUGCAUGAGUUCAAGCAAUUCUUUGGUCUACGAGGUCUGGACCCAGAGGCUAAUGCCUACAUAGAGCAGAUGUUUCGAACAUUUGACAUGAACAAGGACGGCUACAUAGACUUCAUGGAGUAUGUGGCAGCUCUCAGUUUAGUGAUGCGAGGAAAGAUGGAGCACAAACUUCGCUGGUACUUCAAACUAUAUGAUGUGGACGGAAACGGCUGCAUUGACCGACAUGAGCUCCUCAACAUCAUAAAGGCUAUCCGUGCAAUCAAUGGAUGUGAUAAUCAGGAACAAACUGCAGAGGAUUUCACAAACCGAGUCUUUGAGAGGAUUGAUAUAAACGGAGAUGGUGAGCUUUCUUUGGAAGAGUUUGUUGCUGGCGCUCGCCAUGACCGAGAUUUCAUGGAAGUGAUGAUCAAAAGUCUGGACCUCACCCACAUCGUGGCCAUGAUCCACAACCGGAGGCACAGCGUUUAGGACCUGGACAAUCCGACUACCUCACUGUAAAUCAUGGUUUAAGCCGAUACCUUCGGUACACUGCCUCUGGUAAACAAAAAAGGUAACUUAUAGACUGGCAUUUCUAUGAAGACUGACUCCAGUUUAGCAUGACGACAUUUGUCCCUCUUAAAUCUCCAAGAGUGACACACGCGCACUUUAAGGGCCCUUGGAUGCCUCCGCCAACCUCUGCCAACUGCUGAUUGUCCUUGUUUAAUGCUGCUGAGCUCUCCCAAGGCCAUACUGGCCCGAGGGAUGAUCUCUCAGACUUUCCACUGACCCAAAGAGACCGCGACAGAUAAAAGAAGGAGAUAGUGGUGGAGAGAGGCAAUUACAUGCACUCAGUGCUCUCCAAAUCCUUAAUUUUUUCCAGGUCUGAGUUCCACUGCAUCAAAUUAAUCAACCUACUGUUUGCUGUUGUUGCUUGUUGGGGUUUGCACUCCUCACUGCUUAACAUCCUUAAUGUGAUUAAGUCAAAGGCUCAGGUACGGGAACAGGUGGAGUUUUUGAGAAAAUCUGUGCAGGAUCUCAAAGGUUUGGCCUUUUAUUAACAAUUUUCACCUUUUCAAACUUUUAAAAUAAAUUUGAGACAAGAGCUAAGAUGCUGGCCCUUGGUUUUGUAGCAUCUUUUUGUGUGGGUGUUCGGCUGAAUGAUUUGCCGCAGCAUUAAUACAGAUAUAGAUUCCCUUUGUUUUGUUUUUGUUGGCUCUGCACGACUGGUGCCUUCUGUUGGAAGACGGCCGAAUGAGGGUUUUUUUUUUUUCUCCCAGCUUUUGCUUGUUUUGUAAAAUAAAACUAAAUCUCAUGUGGACUGUCUACUGAAUGUAAUGGAUGUGUUGCAGCUUGUACAUUUUUGAACAUUUUAAAACAUUAAACAUCUGCGUUAGCUUGAAAUCUGUUUAGUCACAUGACACAAAGCUUAAUUCUUUGCAUAAAUAAUCUAUCACUCCGAUUAGAGCUUGCCUGGACUAAUUAACUGCAAAAAUGCACAUCUUUAAAGCAAAUAAGCAUUUACUUAUGAAAAAGAAACAUCUAAUACAUUAGUACAGUGUUGAGCCUGACCGAUAUGAGACUUUCUGGACUGAUGUGUUACCAAUUUUAGAGGGAGAAAGUUUGCCAAUCACCAAUAUGACGCCUGAAGCAUGUUAAUUUAUGAACUAAAUAGGAUUUAGCACUUAUAUGAAAAGGUUUUAGAUGGCUAUUGUCUGAAUAAUUUAAUUUAGGCUACUAAACAUCAUCUUGCAUUAUCAUCUGGGUCUGCUAUGCAUGCUGCAGACUGCUGAGACUCAGAUAGACUAUGGAGUCGGAGCAUGGUUUGCUGGACAAAUGACAUGAUGACACCAU